AAAAUGGCGGCCAAAAGAGUUUUCGAUCUGAACGAAGCUUCGGUAUUAAAUUAGAGUCAUUUAUUGUUUUGUUUCCCAUCUACCAUGCACAUGACCGUAUGCGUGGACUUGAUUAUCAUGUAUUCUACUGUCCUCACAGAUUGUUGACUUAAAAGCAGAGCUCAUUCGUAAGGAAUCUGAGUUCAAGCGAGAGAAACUUGCUGGAACUGAACAGAAAAUCAAUCGACAGCACAAGGUAAGUUUAUUUAAGCUGUUAUCUGUGCGUACCUCUAAAAUAUUGGCUUAAAUUUAAUAGAAUUGAUAAGCAAACAGUACAGCCAGAAAUUUCUGUCUUGUUUGAUUCCUGAAAUUUUGUCAGAUAACCUCAACUAUUAUAAACGACUUCAUAUGCUAUAGAUUUGGACAAUAAUAUAGGUUUUGUCACCUUAGAUCCCCCGCGUGACUCAGACAAACUUUGCAUUCUACUCCAAGGGAAACAUACGUUUCCGACAUGAAAAUUGUUCAUAAAAUUCGCAGUGAGCGUUUUUAAAAUGUUUUUGAGCAUGAUUCCGAUAUCUAAAAGGCACUACUGCUAUUGGGCGCAAAACCUGGUCCAGUAACUCAAAUAAAUCGUUAAAAUCAGAAAAUAAAGCGACUCGAUCAAAGAAGGCUGCUGAAAUCGGAUCCCUAGCUCUGUGUCUGAGGCAGAAAGCACCGCUAUGCACUGAAACAUGACAUAACAUUAUUGGCUGUUUAAUACUCCAAAACCGAAAUUGCUAAAGAGAAAAUCGAGUUUGGAUGUGCUUCUCGCAAGCCUGUGACAGAAUAUCUAGGGUGAAAAGCACACCAAUAUUAGCACAAACUGGAAAUUGUAUAAGUUUGUUCUGUUGUUGUGCGGCCAGGUAGACCCAUAUGAAUCCGGAUGAAUACUUUAGUACGUUAUAUCCUGUAGUACUAAGUAGCGUAACAUAAGCACUCGAAAAAAAAAACUGAGCAACCUUUGCCUAUAAAUAUUAUUGAACCAAAUGCACCAUUUCAUGCACAGCUAUGAAACCCUGCUCUCCACACAUUUUAACAUAAUUUCACCCACAGCAUUAUGACACCGCAUAAGAAAUAAAGCCACAGUCUGUACAUUUUUUUCUACGUUUAACGCUGUCUUGGCACGCGUUGAUUAUUUUCAGGAUAUUUAUUAUCAAAACCAAGCUGUAUUUUGUUUCCUUUAACGAUAAACAUCUUCAAAGGCGACGAAAAUUUGUUGCCGAACGUGACUUUCCCACUAAACUCUUACACUCAUCAGUUUUAAUGUCUGAGUCACAGCAGGGACCUGAAAUUUGUGACGUCAUUAGUAGAAAGCGCUAUUCAUGGCGAUUGUUGAUUUUUGAUAUCAUAGCUUGUUCUGACAGUAGGUUAUGAACAUAGGGUUGCAGUUUGUGAAUUUCGUUUUUAAGGAGCUGAUUCGGAUGAUUGACAGCAUUUGAAGUUAUUCCAAGCUGAAAUUUUAGUAAAUUCUACUAACCCAAUACCCUCGUCUUUUCUUUUUUUCUAGAAACCUCCAGUUUGGGCAAAAGUGAAAAAAGAGACCAAAGAUACAGGCUCAAAGACAACUGCUAUUAAACAAGAUGAACUGUCCUUGGAAGAGCAACAAGCCCUGCAAAAGUCAAGGUAAUAUUUUAUUGAGGGGAAAUUAAGUUUUAUAAAAAUGAUUAAAAUUGAACAGAUCAAAUGGCCAUAACAUUAUCUAUCCUUAAAUCUCAAAAUGCCAUAAAAAUUAAUUGAUAUCCACAUUGGCUUUUUCCUAAAACAAAGAAUGACCUAAAACCAUGUAAAACCACCUUCAGAAAUAUAAACUAUCCACGGAGAAUAUAUUUUUUUUCAUUUUAUUCGUGUCAAUUUUUGUGCGUCUGUCAUCAAUUAGCCUGCAUGCACACCGGAUAUGCCUUCUUUUUCCGCCUGUGUCUUGUUUCCUGUAAACAAUCUUAAUACUUGGGAAGGGUGUCUAGAAAAGAGAUACAAUCAGUCCAGUUUAGUUGUUGUACUUACACUGUACAGUGCAAGGAUCAAACUAAAAAUCAGUAGGUAUACUUCAAGAAUUUUAGCUGCUGUGCAUUUUUCGUACCAAAGAAGUACGUUUCCUUUUCGAGACAGGUACCGUAUUUAUUCAAUUAACCGCCCUGGGCGCUUAUUAAAUUUUUGGACCUUGAGAGUGGGCGCUUAUUCGAGAUGGGCGCUUAUUCGAGGCUGGGCGCUUAUUAAAUUUUCACCAUUUUCAGCAAGUGAAGUAUGUUUAUUUUGCAACAAAAUAAUAAACGCGAAGAAGUAACAAAGCAAGGUUUUUGUAAAAUACUCUGAAGAAAACUCCGUCCUCGGGGAAGUUAUUCACUCAAGUGGGUGGGGCGGGGGUGAGCGCUUAUUUGAGUUUGAUUGGGAGAAGGAGGGGUGGGCGCUUAUUCGAGGUUGGGCGCUUAUUAAUUUUUUCUCCCUUUAGGAUGGGCGCUUUUUCGAAGUGGGUGCUAAUUCGAGGUUGGGCGCUUAUUCGAAUAAAUACGGUAAUUCUGGGACUAAUUCUUCCCGCUCAAACUGUCAGCCAAAAUGAUAAUAAUUGCCCAUAUGUGAUUCAAUAUUAUUUCUCAAACUUACAGUCAGAAUUGCAGUUUCAGCAAUUUAUUUAACCCUUUAAGCCCCAAGAUCCACAUACAAAUUCUCCAGACCGAUCUCCAUGCAUUUCUUUGAAGAAUAGUUAAGAAAUUUAUUUAUGUUUUAAGAUCAAAGCAUUCUCCCUUUGGUAAUCAAUUUAGUAAUUCUCAUAACCUUUACUCUUGAUGAUCUGCUGAUGUGGUUAGGAGAAAAUUGAUAUUAGUCACUCUUGGGACCUAAAGGGUUAAUAAACUUCUUUCCAAAGGUUUAGAAAAGGAAUGCAAGUGUCCUCUUUGGUGAAAGGGGUACCAUUUUUCAGUCUGAAUAUUUUCUAAAUUUCUGUUAAUAUCUAGUGGGUAUGAAAAAACACAUGCUCUUCUUUCUAAGCUCUCUUGAUUAACCUUCCUUCUGACAGACAAGUCUUGGAAGCUAAAGCAGCUUUAUAUGAAAAGAUGGCAAAAGGAGAGAUUGAAGGUACUGUGUCAUUGAUUAAUUGUUUCCAAUCUUUGCUUUGAACCCUGGUAACCGUUACAAACUUUCAGGCUAGUCAAUUAUCAGGAAAGUACUAAUCACAUAUACAAUAAUUAUUAUCAUCUUAAUUAACCUCAUACCUUUCAUGAGAUUGAUCUGGUUAAAACUAUGCUCUCUUAAUCUUUUCUGUCUUAAGAUGAAGAUGAUGGUGAAGAUGGAGGCAGAUUCCUGGUAGAUUUUCACAAGAAAGUUUAUUCAAAGGUGAUGAAUUUGUCAUUUGGAACAGUCUACUUUCUUUGGCUUACUUUCGUCACAUUUACAUUCUGUGAUUCUGAAAAUGUUUACACAAUUUUUCACACUACUGCAUGGUAUAGCAGAUACAUUAUUGGAUGUGUUGUACUUGUCUAGUAAGGCCCCUCUUCUGUUAAACAGUAUUCAGCUCAGUUGAUUCAGAACUCAGUCUUUUGUUGUUUCUUAGCCCUAAUACUAUUCAUAGGAGACAAAAGAAAUUCUGCUUUGACCUGAAUUUCAUUGAAUUUUACUUGCAACAGGUACGCAUGAAUAUUUUACACCCAAAACAGCUCUCCAGGGGACGCGGUCUAUUUGUUAAAUUUCAAAGUCAGGCAUAACAAAUAACAUCGUGCACAUACUUGAUAUUCCUCUUUUUGCCCUAAAAACGUUUGCGCCAGCUAUGUAGGCUAAGUGCAGUCAGAAUCUCUAAUUUAAUGCUGGAUGUUAAUUGUUACAACAAAAAAAGAAUCAGGAAUGCAACCUGAGCCCACAGCCAUAUUUUCUUUUUCUUAAAGAUGGCCCUUACCCCUAGAUCCCCCCCCUCCACCCUACUAGCUCAACCACUGGUUGUGUAAGUGGAAUCAAUUCUGCUUGUAAACAUAUGUUUAUUAAGCUCAGGAGGUACUUUAUAUCAGCCAGUCAUUUUGCAUAAGGGCCAUUGCACUUGCAUGACAGCAUCAGCAACUCAAUAGCUUUGAUGAUGAAAUCUAAUUGUCAGGAUGAAGAGAGUCAUCAGGAUUCAGACACACUGAAAGAUGAAGACAUUCCACCACCAUCAGGACCUGAAGAAGAAUGGUGAGAAACCGAUUUUACUGUACCUUUACACCUUACAUCUGUUUAAACACCUGAGGACUGAAGCUGGCAAGUCACUAGUCGUUAGCUGUUGUCUAAAAUUUCUUGUCCAGUCUAUUCUUCUAAACUAUCAAGCAUCCGCUAAAAUAUCCACCAGCUGUUUUCUGACCCUUUUCUGCAAAGUUCCAAACCAACUUGUUUCUAAACAUUCCUUAGCCCAAUACUGUAGGCCCUUUUCAGCUGACGAGUCUUGUGGAACAAGCAAUGUGCAUUCUAGGACAAGAUGAACAUAAAGCUUCUACAUAUAAUUUUUAAAGGUGGUAAUUUCCUUGGUGCUUUUCCCAGUGCAUUUCGUUCUCCCCAGCAUAGUGUGUGUUUUAAUUUUUUUUUAUUUUUAAAAUUUUUUUUCAACAAUAUGACUUAAAAACGGCCAAAGGCCUACAGUGCUGUAAUAGUCACCAGCUGUUUUCUGAUCUUUCUUCCUGGUCCGCCAAGCUCUUCUACUGUAGCUCUUCCAAUUAUCAUAGUUUGUCUUACUUUAGUAACUUCCUGUCUCCUCGCAAGUCACCAGAUUUUAUCAGUAGGCGAAAGGUGAAGUCUUUUCCCUCUCUCAGCUACUGUCACGAACAUGUCAUUGUAUAAAAUACCAUGUGAGGAAAGCCUUCUUUUGUCUUCUUGAGUGAAGAGGAGAAAAGGAGGUUCUGCCUGAAUCACGACAAACCAGGUCGCCAUAACCUGAACUUCUGAGCUAGUCAAUCUUUUUCUCUCUUGUCAAACUGUUUUUUUUGACUGCAAGCAUCCCUUAAUUGGUAAGCCGAUAGUGAUAACUGAGCUUGCUGUUGCAAGUGCAUGGUUCAUUAGGCCUGGGUUUGAAACUAUAAUUAUCUUAGCAACAUGCCAUGCAUGCUCAACAAAGAUCUUACUUAAUUCAUACAGAGUCUUUCCCAAAAAUCUGUGGAGAGAAGAAAAGGAAUAAAAUUUACUAUUAAUAAUGUUUUUAAAUAUAAUUGUUGUUUCCAGGGUUGACUAUGUAGACUCUUUAGGUAGAUCCAGAAGAUGUCUUCGAAAAGAUCUGAAACAUUUGCAAGAGAUGGACAAAGAUAUCAGCAAUCGACAGAGGUUAGUCUUGAAUAUUUUGCUCAGUUUAAAUCUUUUCCAGUGUUCUUGGUCAGUUAAUGUAUAUAGUCUGCUCUUGCAUUUCUGUGGUUAAAGGCUGCAGUGCAAGACUUGGGGUGACAACAUAUAUUGAUUUGUUUGAAGUGGUCCGCCAAAGCCUGGACCUCAUUUUAUCUUGGGUGCACAUUGCGGUGGAACGCCUAGCCUUCUUUAGCCCUUUAUUUGUGAGUUGCAAAAUAAGCUGUGGCAAAAACUUAUUGGGCAUAUAUAUAGUACAUGUUGUGUUCAAUUUACAGUAUUAUCUUUGGCUUGAAUAUUUGUUUUUUCCAACUCAGCUUCAGACUCUAAUCAUAUCCCCCAAAACAUGGGUAAAAGAGCACUGUACAAGAAAGUCAUAAAGACCUUGUCAUUCAUUUUUUCAUCCUCCACAUUUUUGCCUGCCUGUUUCUCUGUAACGUUAAGCUAAUGAGAGUGCAUAACAAACAUGACCUUUAACUUUUUUUUGUGCUUUAUUUUUAAUACAGUCCACCAACGCUGUUGUCUGAAGACAUGAGAAGAGAACUGAUGAGGCAAAAAUGGGAGAAGGAAGAAGAGGAAGCCCUGAAUAAGCCAGUUGGACCUGUUCACUAUCAAGACAUAAGAUUUGAUGGUAAAUAAUUUUGAUUUGUUCAGGACAAAUUAGACAAAUUACACACGGAUGAGAUCCUCCUCAAUCUUCAUAAUUCCACAUCCUACUCAGCCUCAUUUAGGCAGUUGACUUGAGGCAAGUCUAAGCCUCAUUCAAUAAUUAUUGCUAAUUAGAUAAAUAGUCACACUGUAGGAUUUCGUUCAGUCUUCUUGGCAGCUGCUCGGGCUGGAGUCACGCCUUAAUGCUGGAGGCGGGAGUAUUGCAUGGCUGCAGCCCGAGCAGCUGUGAAGGAGACUAGAUUUCAUUCAGAACCACCAGCUUUAAAAGGGCAACAGGAAAGUACUUUUUAUUUGACAGUUUAGAGGUGGUACAUAAGACUGGGUUGCUGUUGUGUGGGAUUGUGCUAUGGGAUUUUUUUGGAUUCUAUCACUUCUUUAACUGGCCAUUACUUAUUUGGGGAGAAAGGGUGGUGUGGUGAUGAUAGACUGCUCACAGUUCUUCUUUUUUUCUGUAAGAUCGUCGAGAUCGAUCGCUUUGCGUUACGGCCUGCCAUAUUGCAUGAGUGUCAAAACUACUUAGAGGGCAGUUUUUUCUCACCCCCCUCCCCUUACAGCUAUAAUCCCCGAUGCCCACCCCCUUGGUACAUUUGAAAAUCAAGUUGGCCGCCAUUAACAGUAAGAUGCGCUGUAUCUCGAUGAUCUCACGAAAAAAUAGGGGACUGUGAACAGGCUACGGUGAUGAGAGCACUUGCUUCCCAUCAAUGUGGCCCAAGUUGAAAUCCCGUUGUCUACACCAUAUGUGGGCUAAAUUUGUUGUUAAUUUUUCUUCCUUGCUCAGGGUACUCCAACACUUUCAAAUUCCAAUAGGCCAUUUGCAUGAUGACAUUUUGCUACGGUCAAACCCCGUUAAUACAGACACUGAGGGAGCCACAGAAAGUGUUCAUAUUAACGGGUGUCUGUAUUGAGCGAGCUGAAUUAAGAGAGAAUUUAAGGGAUUUUUUUCCCAGGGACAAAGCAAACUGUCCGUAAUAAUGAGGUGUUCGGUUUGACUGUACUAUGACCAGAAUUCUUCAAGGUUUUCUUUCUUGUGCAAAUUAGGGCUUUUGUUAUUUAAACCUCGCUGGGAUUGCCAAAUUUAAUUUGAAAAGAAAAACUAAAAGGAUUCUGGUCGUAGUAGAAAAAUGACGUCAGCGUGCAAAUGGCCUAUUCGAUCUGUAACUCAUGGACACGUUUAAGAUCUCCUAAAUGUCUGGUGGGUAAACAAUUACAAUUGUUAUAUAGCUGGGAAUUUUUUCUCAACAGUGCGUGCUCUCGUUGGUUACUUCGAGGUCACAUGACAUUUAACAAUCAAACUGUUUCCUGCCAAAAUCUCUGAGCGGGCAAAAUUGCAAAAAAAUCUAUGACGUCAGAAGGUAAUAGUUCACUGUCACUGACUGCUCGCGAGAUUUAGUUUCAUAAAUUUUCUUGCAGUUUUCCCUCCAUGAACCUAUACAAAGUUGAAACUCGAAAAAAUUUCCGGACAAAAGCUUCCAACUUUGUUUGUGGGGUGAGGGGAGGGGUUGGACCUGUGUGAAUCAGAAAACGCCCCAGAAAUGCAAAAGUGUCCCAAGGCUUUUGUUUAUGAUUGUAGGUUGCGCAUAAACCUAGAUCUAUUGUUUAGCCCCAAAACAGUCCCCCAGGGCAAUUCGGCACAACUUGGGCCCAGUCUCAGCAGCGACCUUAAAAUAGCCUCCAUAUUUGAGCAGUUACUCUUUUGAGGUCAUUCGUAGGCUCGAAACGUUUGAUUAUGGACUCGGCUAGCAGUUGAUCCAGUCUGGUCCAGUGACUUACAUCGAAGCUGAAAGUACAGUAUCCUUUAGAGAAUAUAAAUAUAUAGUGUAGUAAGUGUACUCGCAGUUAUGGUUUUUACGACGACGUAACGUUUUUAAUCUUCUUUCUUUUUCUAACCAAAAGAGGUUCGCAACCAUGGUGUAGGAUAUUAUCAGUUUUCAACGAUCGAAGAAGAAAGACAAGAGCAGAUGAACACUUUAGACAAACUAAGGGAACAGGUAGAAUGUCUUUAUUUAGGCAAACAAAUAGAGCGAUUUUCGUAUGACCUUGAAAUGAAAACGCGCGAACAAAACAGAAACAGAUGAUCAUUCUUCACUUUCAUCUACAACCGCAGUUCAAAAAUGAAUUAUUUUAUAUAUACUUCACAUCAAAACAGAAACAACAAACAAACGGAAAUACAGCGAUUUGAUUGGUUUAUCGAACGGGUACAAACGCGCGUGGCUUUUGGUUGGUUAAGCGAACGCUCGGGUGAAAAAACUUCAUGCCAGAGAACUUUCUAGAAAUCAAGCGAUACUUCGCUUUGACGUCAUGCUGCAACAAGAUUGGCCAAUCGAACAAUGCCUUCUCCAUAUUAGGGUUUUCUUUGGCGGGAAAACGAAGAGUCCAUGUCUUGAUCUUUUCAUCCAUCGGCUGAUAAAACAAAUAACGAACACUUACGGAAACCUUUUUUCAAGGUCACACGAAAAUCGCUCUAGUGUUCUAUAAUUUGCCCCCGACAUCAAAGUGAAUCCCAAUUUUCAUUUUGUUAAUUUUCUAGGUUUCAUGAAAAGGGCUUAAAUUUCUCCUCGGUGUUCACUUGUAGAAAUUUGCAAUGUUUUUUCUUAACACGAUCUUUUCUCUCUCAUUAGACAAUGGAACAGCGACUCCGCGCUCAAAAACUGAAAGACAAAAGGAAAGCUGCCUUGGACGCCCGACUCGCGAAAGUACGAGAGAGAAAACUAAAAAAGCUGAAAUCGUCAGGGGAAGUAGACGAAGAAACAGUUACUGACAGUAAACGAACUGGAGAACAUGUCAUACAAACAUCCAAAGGGGAAAGCAUAGUGGAACAAAGUGUUGAAGAGAAGUCCGUCGAUAAGGAGACGAAGGAAAUACAGGAAGGUUUUCCUACCAUAAGGUCAGAAAGGAAACCUGAUUUACCAGAAUGGGCAAAACACAAGAUAAGUAAGUAGAUCGACUGUCUUUGUUUUUAUCAUUUUUAAACUAAAUAUGUGCAUUGUUUUAGGUCUGUAAAUUAUAUCCCUGGGAAGUCCUCGCAAUUCAACGAAAAAACACAACGCUUUCUAUUUUGUUCUAUAUUUUGACAUAGACAAUGAAACGUAAAUCCUGAUUGGGCUGUGCCACAGGUAGCCCAAUGAUUGUGAGCACUUGAAAUUGCAGCAUAAUGACUUCCUCGUGAAACUAUUGACACUUGGAUCAUGCAGGCUAAAAGUUUGUGUGUAUCGUUUCGUCUCGUUUCAGGACAAACUUGUCACUUGUGAACAGGUUCACUUUAACUUGCUUUUAAUUCAAUUGCUAUUGAGAAUGUUAUGUACGGCCAUUAUAUUCGACCGUAGGUAGGAUUUUGUCGGACUGACGAGUUUUCCAAUGAUUCUUUGCGACAAAGACAGUUCAUUGACGGCUUUCUGCUUUCUUCUCAGAGCAAACCGACAGAGGCGGUUCAUUUUCACGUAGUGAUCCUCGGUCAGAAAGAGUUCAAGAGUUUGCUCCGCCCGCUUUUUACUACGAAGAUACAAAAGAGCAGACGAGCAAAAAGACUUGGAAAGAACCAGCGAAGCUGUUCAAACAUAAAAAUGAAACAGCUGAUAAAGGACCAGAACAGCAAGACGGAAACCUUGAUAAGCGUUAUCAAGAACAGAAAACUGACAACCCAGCCCCAGAACAAAAUCAAUAUCAACAAACACCGAGACCACCCCUCCUUGAGUUUCCAGUUCUUCCACCUCCCCCUCAGGAGUAUGUUCAACCGCAAUGGACUGGGUAUCAGUGGCAACCUCCUGUUAACAGACCACCACCUCCUCUAACUUAUCAAUUGCCAUGGCAACCGAGAUUUCCAAUCAACGUCCCACCACCUCCUCCAUCGCUAUGGCAACAGAAUAUGCCUCCAUGGCAACCUCCUCAAGGCCCUCCCUCGAUGGGCGCGACCCUUUUUCCCAAUUAUCACUCGUCAUGGAAUGAAAGUACACCAAAUAGUUACAUAUCCCUUUCGGAGACAAAAACAGAAUUGAACACUGGUGAUACUGUUGCUCUAGAAAAAUCUGAUACAGGAAAUAUCGAAAGGGAAAAAAAUCCUGACAGAACUACACCCUCAACACAACAGGUGGCUGAAUUUGUAGCUCAGCUGCGUUCAAGUAGUUGAAGAGAGAAAUACACCUUACUGUCCAUUUUCCUCCAAGCCCAGCAGCUAAUAAGAAAC